AUGUCGGCUCCAACGCCGCCACAGCCGUCCAGAGCCGGCUUUCCUCAGGCGCCCACCAAUGGCAACUACCAGAUGAACAACAACUUUCCGCAGUACGGUGGCUUACCACAGCCAAAUCAAUUUCCGCCGGCGGCCACAUCGACGUUCCCAGGAUCAGCCCCGAAUUUCCCGGCUCCCGGCCAAUUUCCGUCGUAUCCUCAACAGGCGACUGCCGGCUUCCCGGCUCCAGCCCCGGCGGUGAAUGGGUACCCAGCCAGCUUUCCGCCUCCACAGCCUCAGCUGACCAACGGAGGUGUCCACCCACCUCACUUCCCUUCUUCGGCUCAACCUGCUGCCCCUCAGCAUUACCAGCCGCAGCAACCGCCUGGGCACGCGAAGGGGCCGCCUGUCGGGGAUGGGGGGGCAUUUGCUGCAUACAGACCGCCUUCUACGUCGAAUGCGCCGUCGCCAUUUCCUGCUACAUCUAUGCCGAAUGUCCCCAACAACUUGCCAGCCGCACACCAUCCGUUCCCAGCUACCCCCGCGACGUCUAGCGCUCCGUUUCCGAAUGCCUAUCCGCCGGCUCCUCAAACUCCGGCAUAUCCGAAUACCCACCCACCGGUCCCCAGCGGCGGCUAUCAGCAGCAACCAAUGCAGCAGCCACCUGUGGCUCAACCCUACCCGCAAUCACACUCCCAAUAUGCCGCUCCGAUGCCGCAAGCAAAUCCGUCCUAUGGGGGAAUGCCGGGCGCUCCGCCAAUGCAAAACCAAGUAAACUACAUGCAGCAGGGAAUGCAGAAUAUGGUGGUUUCUGGGCAGUCAUACGAUGUCGUCGAUAUCAUGGCUGAGAAAAACGUGAUCACGACGGGUUUCGAGGACGUUCCGUAUACGCUUCCUCUCUCCGUGGCAAAUCCGGACGCAAGGAUGGAUACUGGUGUCUUCCGCAGCACCAUCAACGCCGUUCCACAAAACGAAGAGCUGCUCAAGAAAAGCCGACUGCCCUUCGGACUGACGUUGCAUCCAUUCAGGGAUCUGAAGAAUCUGAACAUCAUCCAAACGGCUUCUAUCGUGCGCUGUCGCUACUGCCGGACGUACAUCAAUCCAUACGUCGUCAUCCCCGACAAUCGACACUGGAAGUGCAACUUGUGCAGCCGCUCCAAUGACUUGCCUGACGAUUUCUCCUGGGACCCCAGCACGAAAACAUUCGGCGACCCCAAGCUGCGCCCCGAGAUUCGCUACGCCACCGUCGAGUUCAUCGCCCCAUCGGAGUACACGCUCCGGCCGCCACAGGAAUGCCUCUACGUAUUCGUGCUGGAUUUGAGUUUGCCGGCUUUGGAAAGUGGCUAUCUGGAGACACUCAGCGAGCAGUUGCUGAUCAACAUCGAUCAGAUUCCUGGUGACAACCGUACUUUGAUUGGCUUCGUCGGUGUCGACACGUCUCUGCACUUCUUCCAAUUCAUUUCGACGACGAAAUUGCCGAGGCACAUGGUUGUCGAUGAUGUUGACGAACCGUUCGUCCCGACGAAUGUCGGAAUUCUGGUCAACCUGCAGAAGUACCGCGAGGCGAUCGGCAAAUUCCUGAGAAGUCUUCCAACGCUCUUCACCGCUAACGGCUUCAACUCGGCUGGUCUUCCAGCUGUCACCGGGAACUGCUUGGGCUCCGCGCUGCAGAUGGUCCACGAGUUGGUGGUGGAUAUUGGCGGUCGGAUCAGUGUAUUCCAAGCCACACUCCCGACACUGGGUUCCGGUAAAUUGGAGAGCCGCGAGGAUCCGAACAAUCGGGCGGGCAAAGAUGUCACCCACCUCGGCCCUGCCUCCGACUUCUACAAGGCAUUGGCUUUAGAAUGCACCGGUCAUCAGGUGUGCCUCGAUCUUUUCUUGAUCAACUCGCAAUACUCGGAUCUGGCAACUUUAUCGGAAAUCGCCAAGUUCAGCAGCGGAUGUGUGUACCACUUCCCCAAUUUCCACAUCAACAACGAGCCACUACAGGUGAAACGCUUCGAGCGCAUUCUGUGCCGAUACUUGACCCGGAAACUCGGGCUGGAGGCGGUGCUUCGGAUACGAUGCUCGCGCGGGCUGGCCAUUUCCGCAUUCUACGGCAACUUCUUCGUCCGGUCCACCGAUCUGCUCUCGAUGGCGAAUAUCAAUCCCGAUGCGGCCGUCGGCGUACAGAUUAAUUACGAAGAAAAGUUGCCGGGAAAUGUGGCCUCAUUCCAAGCUGCGCUGCUCUACACUUCCAGCAAAGGAGAUCGUCGCAUCCGUGUGCACACACUGUGCCUGCCUAUCGUCUCCGAUCUGACGACCAUCUAUUCCAGCUUCGACCUGAAGGCUGCCACGUCGUUGAUCGUGAAAAUGGGUGUCGAUCGUUGCCUGUCGGGCAGCCCGUUGACGGAUGCGCGUGAAGCUACGAUCAAUGCGGUGGUGGAUGCGCUGUCGGCGUAUCGCAAGACUAUCGGCACCGGGCGACCAGGAAUCGCGGCGCCCAGGGCUGGCCACCUUCGCCUCUUCCCGCUCUUUGCGCUUGCUGUUUUGAAACAUACGGCGUUCUCCUCAUCCGGUCGAAGUAUCCGGCUCGACGACAGGGCAGCGGCGAUGCUAAUGUUGAGAUUCUGCCCGCUCGACCAAAUCCUCUCCGAGAUCUACCCACAACUGUACUCCGUCAGCGAGCUGUUGGCGAUUCCGGAGCCCCAGCUGCCGCAAGCUCUGCCGCUGUCCUUUGAACACAUUUCUCGGCACGGCAUCUACAUUCUUGAAGCGGGCACAUAUUUGUACAUCUACGUGCCGCAGGACGCCGAUCAGCAGUUGCUCGUCGACAUCUUCGGGGUCCCGUACCAGCAGCUCGACGGGAGCCGCUUCAAGGAGCUCGAUAACCCCGCGUCCAGGCGUGUCCACGACUUCAUCAGGCACAUCUCGCACCUCAAGGCCUACAUGUCCCCGCCAAUCAUUGUUCGGGAAGACUCCCCGCUGCGCGAGGCUUUUGUGCGUCGACUGAUCGAAGACCGGACCGACUCGUCGUUCAGCUACUACGAAUUCCUGAAGCACGUCCAGCAGGAGAUUAAGGCA